GUUUUAGUCGAGAUUUGGCAAUUUAUGUAGAUUUCAGUGAAAGAUGAAGAUCUUUUUUGGGAAUUGGAGAUUUUAUGCUAUCGUCGUGAUUGUCAACUUCAUCAGUAUCCUAGCUGGCGUGAUGUUAACAUGGCCAUCACCAGUUCUACCAAAACUCCUCUCAAACACAACUCUAAGUGAAAAUCCUUUAGGCCGACUGAUAACCACACAAGAAAAAUCCUGGAUAGCAGCUCUGGCUUCUCUAGGAGGCAUAUUUGGACCACCUCUGACCGGCUUCGUGAUGGAAAAAUUCGGAAGAAAACUCGCAAUAGCGACAGUCCAUUUACCAAACAUGUUUUCCGGUUUGAUGGCCGCUUUUGGCAAAAACGUUUGGUGGUUUUACGUUGCUAGAUUUGUCGGAGGUAUGGGUUCGCAUUCUGCCAUUGCUAUGGGUGCGAUUUAUUUUGGAGAAAUUGGCAAAAGUCAUAACAGAGGAAUGUUAUUUACAACAACAUCAAUAUCUAUUAACUUGGGUGCACUUUUGUCUUAUUGCGUUGGACCUUAUACGUCAAUACAAGUUUUUAAUUUGAUAAUUUUUGCUAUAGCUUUGGUUGGUUUUUUUGGAACACUAUUAUAUGUGCCAGAGUCGCCUUACUUUUUAUUGCAAAAAGGUCGAAUUGAAGCAGCUCGACAAUCAAUUGAAAUUUUUAAAGGUUCAAAAAACGUGCAAAGUGAAAUUAAAGAAAUUGAGGAUAAUAUUGCAAAAACACGCCAUGAUGGGCUGUUAGCUAUAUUUCAGACUAACGUGACUCGGAGGGCAUUUCUAAUGGCACUUCUUGUAGUGGCUCUGUCUCAAUGCUCAGGUGUGAAUGUUAUUUAUUCUUUCACUGAAUUAAUCUUUGAAGAAUCUGGCAGUACUUACAAUACAGUUGUGUCGGCUAUUUUAGUUGGAGUAGCCCAAUUGUUAACAGUUUUUAUUACAACUUUUGGAAUUGACAAGUUGGGAAGGAAAAAAAUGAUGGUGUUUUCCUCGACAGGUCUGGCAUUUACUCUUGGGAUUUUGGCUACGUAUUUUAGAUUCAAAACGGCUAACAGCGACAAUAUUGAAUCUUUAAAAUGGCUUCCAAUCGCUUGUCUUAUGUGUUUUGUAUGUUUGUUUAAUUCAGGCAUGGGAGGCGUUCCUUUUUUGUAUAUGGGCGAGAUCUUACCGUUGAAUGUAAAAUCCGUUGGGUCGGCUACGGUAAUGGCCACUUUUUGUUUUAUCGGAUUUUUAUUAAUUUUUUUCUUCAGUGAUGUUACUGCUUCAAUCGGCACUGGAGGCGGAUUUUAUUUAUUUGCUGGUGCAAUGGCUUUCAUGGCCUUGUAUACUUCUAUAUGGGUUGUUGAGACCAAAGGGAAGACUUUACAGGAAAUUCAUGAUUGUUUGGAUAAAUCGGAAAAGACGAAAAGUGCGUUUCCGGCGUGAUUAAGGAUAUUAUCGUGGCAAUAUAUUAUUGCUUUGGAUGUAUCUAGUAAUAGGUCUGUUGUAAGACAAUAAUUUGUAAUAAAAUUCGC